AUGCACUUUUGUGCUCAGAGGAAUAUAUCUUUGAAUCCUUUAUUGAAAUGUGUUAUUGCAGAACAUUAUCUGAAAACAAACUGCAGCUUCCAUGACAAAUUAGCAUAUUUUCUCCCCCAGGCUGAGGUGGAAGAAACCCUGAAGCGAAUUCAGAGUCAGAAGGGAGUCCAAGGAAUCAUUAUUGUUAAUUCAGAAGGUAUUCCCAUUAAAAGCACCAUGGACAACUCCACCACUGUGCAGUAUGCAGGCUUGAUGCACAGCUUAAUCAUGAAGGCUAGGGGCACCGUGCGAGACAUUGAUCCCCAGAAUGACCUCACCUUCUUGCGGAUUCGUUCCAAGAAAAAUGAGAUCAUGGUUGCACCAGAUAAGGACUAUUUCCUGAUCGUUGUUCAGAACCCAACUGAGUGAAAACAAACUCCUAAUGCAUCUUUUUUAUUUAAUAUCCAAAACAGCUAUUAGUAUUUUACUGCUUGUGCCACCUUAAUAAUGUUUAAGAGAUCCUUUUUUAAUUGUAAGCAGAUUAAUAUGACUGAAUUUUCAUUCCAUGGAGGAAUCUGAUGACAUAAUCAGGGUGACUUAAAUGUCAAAAAUAGAUAGGUUUGUUAAGAAUGUAACCUAAUUAACAUUGCUAUUGUCUGUAUAUUUGUAAUCCCUAAAUAUGUUUUUCUUUUUGUCCCCCUUUUAUUUUGUCAUUUAUUUAAAUACAAAGUGGCUUUUUCUUCUGAAAUGAAUUAAAAGCAUAGUCAAAAUUA